AUGGUUUUCGUAUUAACUGCCCAAAGGAUCUUCACAGCUAUCAAUGAAAGGGUUGCAGAGGUAAGAUUGUCAACAGGAGCAGUAAGCUCUCAAACAACAGCUUCUCAGUUGGAAAACACAUGCAAGCACUAUCUCGAUCUCCAUAAAGUUGUUCAAAAAGUGAACUUGUACUUCAGUCUUCACAUGCUUGCUAUUCAGUUCAUCCGCUGUUUGUUCUUGUGUAGUGAAGUCUUUACUAUUCUAAUUAAUACCGGUACCAGACCCGAAAAGGUUACUAUUAUCGGUGUAAGCCUUGUGAUUCUAGAGUUGACAGUUCUCCUGGUUCAUUGCGCUGCGUGUGAGGCUUGCUGUCAAGAAGCUCACAAGACAGUUGUCCUCGCCCAUCAGCUGGUCACGUGUAACUCUCCUGAUGUGAUCAUCGAGACAGUCAGUCUGUUCUCUCUAGCGACGUUCAACGCCAGAGUCAGCUUCAGUGUUGGAGGAGUCUUCUCUAUAGACAUGUCUCUAGUUACCAAGAUGCUCUCGCUUGUAAUCAGCUAUCUCAUCGUAAUGCUACAGCUCACUGACUACGAUGUAGAAUUUAAGUAG